AUGCCAGAUUUUGUGGAUAAGACAUUUGAUGCAGUAUAUUCAGUAUAUCAAACAGCAGUAGUGGCUCUGAAUGGAGCAUAUGAUAAGGCCAAGGAUGCUGGGCAAAGUAUUAUGGAAUAUACAAAAGAUAGUGCCCAAAAAGUACAGUUAAAGACAGGUGAUCUCAUUGAGAAAGCAUCACCACCGCCUUCUACUCCCCCAGAAACUACUUAUGAUGAAGUUAAGCAGUUUGCCAUAAACCAUGCGUAUCAGAUUGGAUUGUAUGGCGGUAUACCACUUUCAGUUUACACUUUACACAAGCUUAUACGUUUAUUUGUUCCUUAUAAGAGAAGGGCACAAAAGCUUAAGGAUGGCAGUCGAUAUGAGGUAAUUGUGCUUUUAGGACCCAUACAGUCGAACUUUGUGAAAAAGUUGAUAUACGACUUAAAUGGUCGGGGAUAUAUCGUUUUUGUUGUCGUCAGCAACGAAAAACAACUCAGACUGGUUGAAGAGGAGAAAGAUGAAGAUGUGCGGCCAUUGAUAGUAGACUUUCAAAGUCCAACAACUGUGAAAGCUGGGCUUUUAAGAUUAGCCAAAUUUUUGGAUAAGCCAAGAAACGGUAUAUUCUAUCAUUUAAGAGGAUGCAUCUUUGUUCCUGAUUAUGUCAGGAUUCCUAAAAUUUCGAAAAUUGGUCAACUAUCUGUGAAGGAAUUUAAAAGAGUCUUAGAUGAUUCGUUCUUUAAGAUUAACUUAAUUCUGGCAAAUGGCAUGACAACAUUUUUAAAGGAGAGCAACAACCGGAGGAAGGCAGUGUCAGAGGCCAACAAUAUUAGAAUUAAGGGUGGAUACUCCAAAUUACUUUUCGUCGACUUUUACGUUUCUGAAAGUAACGAGAAACGAAUCUUAUUUAAAAAAAUCGUUCAAAACAUGAAUCAGAUGCUUUAUGAUGAGCUAUAUAAAGAAUAUGCACCUUCGAACAUGGAUUCACUACUCAGAGUUUUUGGAAGGGAUCCAGAUCCUUCGAAGAUUGAUAUUACAAAGCUUUCGAUAGAGUAUCACAAAAAUUCGGAGUCCCAUCUGAUUCGGAAUUCCUUCAUGAUACAUAAUUCUGGUGUGAAUAGAAAGAUGAACGCUACUAUUGUGCAUUACAAAAUCUUCGAUAUUCUUAAUAGUUCAUGGCUCAAAAAGGAUUACUAUGUCCAUAAUUAA